AUGAAAGACAAGGAAAACUGGGUGAACAUGUAUGUUUACAAACAUGCCCAUUUCGGCAAUCGCACGUCGAACCGUGCAGAAAGUGCCCAUUCUUCUCUCAAGCAUUCUCUUGGUACUUCCUCGGGUAAACUGAAGGCAGUUACCCUUAAAGUAAAAAAGUGGUAUGACGAGUUGGUUGCAGAUCGCAAGCAUUGGCUAAUGGUGGAAAGCCUUGGAGAAGGAACAAAAAUUGUGUUCGAUAAAGUCAAUGCCGCCAGACUAAAUGACAUCCGUCUUAAAGUCUGUAGAUUUGCAAUGGAUCAAAUCAAAUUAGAAUUAUCCAAAUCCAUUAUAUCCGAAAAACUAGCCAAAGAGUGCAAAUGCCUCAUACAAUACAACUACCUGCUUCCUUACCAUUUAACUAUCCAAAAUGCAACCCCAGUACCCCCAAACAUCAACAAUAUCAAACCAAUAACCCCAGAAUUCAACUAUGCUCUUGAGCUUAUUUGCAAACAUUUUGCCAAUGCUCAGAGCGAACAAGAACAAAUCAAUAUAUACCAAUUGAUAGAAAAAACUUUGAAACAAAUCGAUGCACAGAAACUCGAAAACCUUAAGGGCCCAACAGUAGUCGAAGCCAUUAAAGGCCGACCAAAAAAUACCAAGCACAAGAUGAUUGCAUUAGAGCAUUGCAUCAAUACCGAAAAAGAAAAAAUCACAAAAAAAAUUAAAACAGAAAAAGAACAAAAAAAGCAAAAAAUAUCCUCAGCUAAAGAGCAAAAAGCCAUAAAAAAUAUUAUCAACCUUGAGUCACCAUGCAAUCCCACAUUACUAACAAAUCUCACAAUCGCACCAAAACAUAUAUCAACAAUCUUUUCUCCUGAAGCAGACGGAAAUUGUGGGUACAGGGCGAUAGCAAUGGAAGUGUACCAGGACCAGGAGGAGUGGUCAAAAGUAAAAGACAAAAUGCUAGAAACAUUUUUAAAGCACCAAAACAACUACUACCACGGAAGAAUGGAGCAUGGCAAUAUGUCUGCAUCCAAUAACCCACUAAUUCGCAGUCUCCAAGACAAGCGCUCACCUCUCCCCCAGCAACAUUGGUUCGGUACAAUCGACCAUCCUCAACUUGUAGCCGAUACAUUUAGCAGAGCAGUGGCUGUAUAUUGGAAUACUCCAAUUGAAACAGGCGACUGUCUUUUUGUUCCAUUUGCUACCUUGCCAGAAAAAGUGGAACCGAUAAUUAUUAUCUUAGAUUUCUUCAAUUUGCUCGCUUUUGCAUGUCUUAUCAGUGUCCAAUUUGUUGGUAACACUCCCAAAAGUCAAUUAUAG